CUUAAGUCCAGUGGGCAAGAAGUAAGAUCUUAACCAGCCCUGUGGAGAUACCUGAUUCUGAAAGAGUGGAAUUAGCAGUGAGGUUCUUUCAUGAGGAUUAAGCCUGAAGAAGAUUUUGCAGCAACUUACAUUGGUAAACAACUCUGAAUGUGUCUGAUGCAGGAAGAAGUGCCCAGACAAGAGGUUUUUUUGUUACAUGACUUCACAAAAAAUAGUACGAUGUCGGGUUGCUCACCAUUUAAGAUGCGACUAGUUCAUCUGGACCUGAAAGGAGCCCCACCGAGGGUCUGCUACCUCUCGGAGAUUUUCCCCCUGUUCCGUGCCCUGGGUGCAAACGGCCUCCUCAUCGAGUAUGAAGACAUGUUUCCCUACGAGGGCCACCUGAGGCUGCUGAGGGCCAAGCACGCAUACAGCCCCUCCGAAAUCAAAGAGAUCCUGCAUCUGGCCACACUGAAUGAGCUGGAGGUCAUUCCCUUGGUGCAGACAUUUGGGCAUAUGGAGUUUGUGCUGAAGCACGAGGCUCUUGCUCACCUCCGGGAAGUGGCACUUUUCCCCAACACCCUGAAUCCCCACAAGGCGGAGUCCCUGGCACUGGUUGGAGCCAUGAUUGACCAGGUGAUGGCGCUGCACCCGGGCGCCCGGUGGUUCCACAUCGGCUGUGACGAGGUCUACUACCUCGGAGAGGGUGAGGACUCAAGACAUUGGCUGCAGCAGGAGCCCAACACCAGAGCAGAGCUGUGUCUAUCCUACAUGGAGGCGGUGGCCAGCCACGUGCAGGCCCGGCACCCCACCACGACGCCCCUGGUGUGGGACGACAUGCUGCGGGACAUCCCUGAGGACCAGCUCUCAGGGAGAGUUAGAGGGACACGCCCUCACAGCCUCUCUCCACCCCCAGCAUCGAGGGUGCCGCAGCUGGUGGAGCCUGUGCUCUGGGACUACGGGGCCGACCUGGACGUCCACAGCAAGGUGCUCCUCGUGGAGAAGUACCGGAAGAGCGGCUUCUCCUGGCUCUGGGCCGCCAGUGCCUUCAAGGGAGCCACGGGGGCAAGCCAGGCCCUGACCCCCAUCGAGCACCACCUUAGAAACCACAUGCAGUGGCUGCAGGUGGCGGGCAGCGUGCCAGUGGACACGCUGCGGGGCAUCAUCCUGACUGGCUGGCAGAGGUAUGACCACUUCUCUGUGCUGUGCGAGCUGCUGCCCGUGGGAAUCCCGUCCCUGGCUGUCUGUCUGCAGGUGCUUCUACAUGGAGGCUUUGCCGAAAACGUUAAAGCAAGAGUGGAGAACUUUCUUGGGACUUCGAGCUUGGAAGCAACGGAUUUUAGGAGUGAGAGGGCCGGCUCCUUCCCUGGCAGUGACAUCUUGAACCUCAUCACACAAGUCAGCCUCCAUCUGUGCAGCUCCGUGGAUGCGCUGCUGGAGAGGGACAGGUAUGUGACCGGCUGGUUCAGCCCCUACCAUCGCAGGCGGAAGUUCAUCCACCCCGUCAUGAUCCAGCACAUCCAGCCCCAGGCGCUCAGUCUCCUGGCCAGGUGGAGCGUUCUCGUGGGGGAGCUGGAGGCUGCCCUGCAGCGUGUCUUCUACCCAGACGCAGUGGAGGAGUGGCUGGAGGAGAAUGUGCGCCCCAGCCUGCGGCGGCUGCAGGCUCUGCUGCAGGAUCUGGGUGAGGCAGCCGGCCCCAUGCCCGACUUGGGUCAGGACCCCUGAGGGGAGGGGCCUGUUGGCCUCCCUGCACCCUCAUCCAGCUGCACCCGGCCCCACGUGUACCUCCUGAGCCCUGGGCAGCCGUGCCAGCAGACAGCACCCACAGAAACAAGAGUAAACAUGGAAGGAAAAGACACUCUGGGCCUGUGCAGUGAUCAACAUUAGAACUUUAAUUCUUUCAAAAUAAAAAGGAGAGUGGAAGCCAGAAAUCUGAAAGACUUAGUUACUGGCCCUCACGAUGGUCUGGAGACCCUCCUCGCCCAACCCAGCCCUGGGAGAGGGGAGCUGGCCAAACACCCUCCCUCCUCCAGCCCAGGGGCAAACACACAAGAAACCAACCAUAGCUGUUUCACACCUUUUAAGAAAAAAGUAUUUCAGGUUUAACCAUUUAGAAACCUAACUUUGACAUGUUCAAAUGACCGUGUGCCCAAACUAAGGGCUGGCUGAUGGCCACCACUGGUAAGGGAGAGGAUCUCAUUUCUCUGGAGCUCCCUGGAAGUUGCUGUCUCUCACCCAGGCAGCCUCAGAACCCCUGGUCCAUGCAGCCGUUCCCAGGUGCACAGCCUCAUGGGUCCCUCACUCAUAGGUGCUCUGGGCAUAUGCUGUACCUCGGUGGAGCCUAGGUUCAGAGAAAGCAGGAGAAAACUAAGAGUGCAGUUGAGGGUCAGUGUGGCUGGCACCCAGACUCCACGAGGGUGGCUGCAGCCAGCUGCUCAGGUGCUGCUGAGGGGCAGCCAUGAGCCCAGCGAUUCUGGCCCCAAACACACAAGCCCAGCGCCAGAGUUCAAGAGAAGCUGGGAAUCUGGGUUCUGAGGGAUGGGUCCAGGUUUUUAAAUGAUGCACAAAGCUAGAAGAGAGAACUUCUGCCUACACUGGGGGCAGGGGCGGGGGGUUAUCCUCUCUGUGAGAGCCUGGCUGCAAUCCUGUCUGGACUCGAGAUGAGCCACCUGGGUGGACAGUGGUCUGGGGGUGUGGAAGCCUCAGGAGUGGCGGCCGCACACCAACCAGGCGUGCCCCUUGGCAUCCACCCUGAGCCCUGGCAUCUCCGCAG